CGCAUCCGUACCAACAAGCUCUAUCCACCGUCGUAUGAUUUUACACGUCGAAGCUCUCAACGUGGUAACUUCAGUGAAAUUCUACGCCAGCGCCUACACGGAUUCGCCAAUUUUGUCGAUGAAAUAAACGAUAUUGUCGAAAAAUACAAGCAGAAACGCAAGAAAAUGUCGAAAAUCUCCAAGAAAAUCACCGUUCGACGACGAGAAAAUUUCACAGACACCGAUGAUAGCGCGAAUAAGAUCGAUGCCGAUUCAUCCGAAUCGUCCACUUCUACUGCUUCCUCUUCAUCAUCCUCUUCGCAUCACAAAAAACAUUCCUCUUCACUCCUCAAAAAUCUCAAUAUUGUCAGUAUGAUCAAGAAGAACGGAAAAUUCAUCCCCGGCUUCACACCAUUCUUAGCCAAUGUUGAUUAUAAUUUUCGCUCGAAUAUUCGUCUGAAACCACCGACGAACACUUCAACAAAACUGACGGUGAUUUCCGAAAUCCACAACCCAAAUGAAACGACUUCAAGUGGGGAUAUGGAGGAGAACAGCACCUCAGAAUACAGCUUCAUCACGAGUUCAGGUUCAGAUUCGGAUUCCGCCUCUGCGUUCACCUCAGCCUCGGCUUCCGGCUCUAAUUCGAUGAAAUCAACCGGCAAAAAGCAUCUUCUGAAACUUCACAAAUCUUCAAAGUCGUUGGUUUCCAAAGAUGGCCAGAAACAAUCUGUUGAAACGAUCAAUUUGGAUCGAGACGAAAACCAGCGAGCCACAUCAAUGAAGCGAGUCAGUCAUUCUCGUUUGUCAAGGAAGAAACUUCUUCAGCCGACGGUGAAUCAUCGCUCAUGA